GCCGGGUCAGAGCCUGUCACUCCCUUGACAGUACACUUCCGUCACUCUCUCACGCCCUCUUCCUCUCCCCUUAGGUCCCUUCGUGGCCAUUACAAUCUCUACAACGCGCAGGUUCAUGCUGGUUCGUGCCUGCCUACGCUCCCUCACCUGCGGUCGUCGCGCUUCCGCACUUUAAAGUCUUUCAGAGUCGCCUGUUUGGAAUUUCGCAGAUAUGUUGGGUUUUCACAGAAGAACACGGUCCUUGAUACCCGUCAAGGACCUGGCCAAAUACGACAAGGUGUCAGCAUUCGACGACGAGUACGACGAGUAUGAGCAAGAGACGCAGCAAGAGGUGGAGCAAGAGUUGGAAAUCAACCACAUGCCAGAGGGCUCGGACAAGUCGCGACAGAUGCAGUUGGUGCUGGUGUACAUUAUCUUCUUAGCCGAAGCCAUCAUGGCGUCAAGUCUCCAGCCACAGCUCCAAAUGCUCCUUUCGUCCUCCGAUUUCUGCGGUACCCUCUCCUCGUCCUAUCUCCGGAGCAUACUCGAUUGCGCCUAUGCCUUCGGCGGAACGACCGGCCUAUUUUGGGGCUACCUUGCCGAUCGCAUGGGAAGACGGCGCGUCACCCUCAUCGGACUCUGGAGCAUGUUCGUCUGCUGUGUGUCAAUGGGAUUUGCGACCACUCUAUUUAGCUGCGCCAUCUUCCGCUUCGUCGCAGGCAUGGUCAGUUCAGCAAUCGUAUGCACAACCUUAACCAUGCUCGGAGAUUUGAGCGCAACUGGCGAGGAACGGGCAAGGAAUGUCGCUCGUCUGCCAGUCAUCUCCCUCGGUGGCUCCAUGGGCCCAAUUAUGCAGCUGAUGGUGUCGGAAAGCCUGCGAUCAUACAACAUGGUAUGGCAAGAAUACCCAACUCUGGGCUCGGAGCUGGUUUGCGGGUGCAUAGUUUUUGUUAUUGCACUUGUCGCGAGCAUCUGUCUCAAAGAGACACUCCUUCACCACAACGAGCGCUCCACAGACGCAGUGGAUAUGGACUGCGAGAGAGCAGCUUUCCUCCGCCGCGAUUCGCACGACUCGCACGACACAAACGUAACGCUCGUCGACUUUGCUCGCCCGGAGCCAAUCACCAUCACCCAGUUUCUCCAGGCCCCCUCGCUCAUGGUUCUCCUGUCCUCCUUCUGCCUCCUCUCCCUCCACGCCUCCACCUUUGAUGUGGUGCUUCCUCAUCUUGGUCACAGCAGCACCGAAUCCGCCGGUAUGGGCCUCCCCUGCGAAUGGAUGAACAUCAUUGUGCUCGUUGUACGCGGUCUUGCCGGCACACUCGUCUUUUGCGCCAUUCCCUACGCGACCUCAAAAUAUGGUCUCGUGAAGCUUUACCGCUCUCUUUCUGCAUUGCUCCCUGCAACAUAUGUCAUAACACCUUUCCUCGCUGCCGCCGUCUCAUGCUACGGUUUUGGACCCUCCAUCUCAACUUUCUCCAUUUUUGCAAAGUACCUCCUCACGGAUUCUGCAACAGUCGUGGUUUCUCUCCUUGUUCUCAACACCACACCAGACGCCUUCUCUGCUGGCACCGUCGUCGGCAUGAUGCAGGUGGCCAGUCUCUUCAAGGCGUUUGCCGUUGCCGUCAGUGGCACAAGCUACUACUUUAGCGACAACAUCAGCGUCGACACUACAAAUCUUGCCCUCUGGACAUGCCUCGCGCUCUUCGGCAUCGCGGGAGCAGGACUGGCGUGGUUCGUGCGUGAGCGGCCCAGUGUGGAGAAGGACUUUCCCAGCGAAGUGCUAUGCUGGGAGACGUGCUUUGAUGCGGAUGCCGAGAAGCAAUUUGAGCUGGAAGCCAGCGAUGCGGAUACUGCGGGAGAGGGUGUCUAGGUUUCCCUUGCCGCCUCUUCUCCGCCUCUCUCCCCCAGUCCCCAGUCCCCAGUCCCUCUCAAACAUCUGCAUACACACACAUUCCUUUGUUUUAACCGCUUGGCGUUUAUAAAUGGAAACAUGGCGCGCGGCAUUUUAGUGGCCUUUUGUUCUCUUCUAUGCGCCUUCUCCACCCCAUUUAUGCAGAUUUUUUUGUUUUCGUUUUCUUUUUCUUGCUUGUGUUAGUCUUGUUUCUUCUUUCUUUCCAUACGUGUUUCAUCCUUCUCUCUCUCUCUCUCACACACACACACACAC